AUGUCGAGAGCGCUCACGUUAUUACUUCAAACCCUUUAUCAAGAACAUUUGCGAUAUGUUUCAGUGUUAUUCGCAUGUGUAGUGCAGGCAGUAGCAGGGAUCAUAGUAACAGAUCCACCUCCAACAAGCACAGAAUAUAAUUACUGGUACGACAUUGUUGACCCUAGUACUGGCGACGCGAAGAGCUUACACGAGAUCCGUCAAGGGGCUAACGUCAGGGGUUCCUACUCUGUCGUCGAUCCCGAUGGAAUAAAACGUAUUGUGGAUUAUAUUGCUGGUAAAAACGGAUUUAAAGCGACAGUCCGCAGAGAGCCUCUUAGUCACUAUCAUCUUAGACGUUACAAUUAUCGCCCUCCAGUCGCUCAAAAUCUUAAAAGCAACGGAUAUGUGACCCCUGUGCGAUAUUUAAAGAGGUUUCAAACACCAGUGUUUUCCACAAGUAAUUUCAUUGAAAGUGAACAGACUUAUUUUACGCCCGGCAACGACACGUCAUCUGAAAGCCUUAACUUUAAUCAAGGAGAAUAUUUUUUGCCCAAUUAUUAUCUGCACCAU